AUGGGGGUGGGAGGUGGGGGGUGGGAGAGGGGGGAGAAAUUCGGUCCCGGGACGGCUGGGAGGAGGCGAGUGGAGCGCGGGACCAGGGGGCGCACAGGAAGCUGGACGCGGGGGGGCGCAUGGGAAGCCGAAAGCCCUUUGCUGGUGGAUGGAGUGGCAACGUUUAAGAGGCCGGAGCGCACGGGUGUGCAAAGGGGAAAAACUUUCGGCAGGAACCUCCUACCCAAGGCAAGAAAAGCUGGAGAGAAGGAGGCAGGGAGAGACUUGAAAUGUCUCAGUAACUUUCAAAACACACCAAACACCCCUUCAGGAGAUGAGCGCUCGCGCUGCUCUCGGCGCUCGCAGCGGCCGACUGGGGAUGACCGCGGCCAGGAGGACACCGCAUCCGAGGGGACACGGACGCGCCGCUUCGCUGGCUCGCUGCAGGCCGCCCCCGGCGUUUUUGUUUUAAUUUUUUAUGGCCUUUUUCUCUUUCUUUCUUCCUUUCCUCUUGGUUUCCUUCGAGUCGAAGAAAGCCACCCAAUAAGCAAGAAAGUGAGCUCCGGAGCGUGGAGCCCCCGCUGCCCACGGCUCCCGGGGGCGGGAGGCGGCGCACAUCAGUGGCCGGCCCGGUGGACCGCACCCUCCUUACUUUUCGUGGCUGCAUUUGGGGAGGAUUUGAGUCCCCCUCCUUCCUCCUUUUUCUCAUAUUUGCUGAAUCUCCACAAUCCGGCUUUUCUCCUUUUUAUUUUUCCCCCCCUUUUUCCGGAGCACGAAUCCAAACAUUUUCCAAACCAACAAAGAAAAGUUCGCACGCUGGCACGGCAGCCCGGACGGACGGGCCGGCGCUGCGGCUGGGUCCCCCUCCCAGGACACUUGACUCAACUUGCAAGCGAGUGUGUGUGCCCCCCCCCCCCCUCCCCCCCGGCACCUUCCAGAGCGAAUAACAAAUACCCAUAAAGUCCCC